AUGCUAUGCGAUGUAUGGGAACCCGCGGACGUCUGGACCGGCAUCUCCGACCAGAACCGUAGAAAGAAGCUGCAAAACAAACUCAACCAGCGUGCUUAUCGUCAAAGAAGGAAACAACCCACCGUAGACUGCGAUGAUCAGCACUCAUCGCUGGCAGCUCCGGGCCAAGACAGCAUCCUACCAAUCCUCCUCGGCGGAUGUGCUCUUAUCAAAUGCCCCCAAAGGCUUUCUCUUGCCCAAAGCCGCGUCAAAGAAGUCUACGAGGGCUACUCGCUCCACGCGCCGCGGCCGUCGGCACUGCACAUCCUCAUCCGCCUGCGCGUCCUCGCAGCACUAGCCCACAACGCUGCCGCCAUGGGGUUUCCCCCACAAGGCCUCUGCCGCGACGACUUCGUUUCUCCAUAA